AUGGGUGCCGGCGCGGUCUUAGAGCCCCUGGUAGUCAUCGUCCUACUCUUUGGAGGCACCUGGAUCAAUAGACGCACACAUCUUUCCGUCUCAAGUCAUACCCGACGCAAGUCAUUCGAUUAUGUACGAUCUGACUCUCCCGAUCCCCUCGAGUCUGGUUAUCGCAGCCCAACACCCAAAGAUGGGCUCUUGAGCCCGCGUUUCGAUUCCCCGUCCCUACAACUUCCCGACGAGCGAUGGCGGACACGACAGAUCGGCAUAUUCCGUCUAUCCUGUCGUGUGACAUCGCCCAAUACUGCAGUCUUCCUUGAUCGACUGCUGAGUCGACUACUUCAGAAGCUACCCUUUCUGGCAGAGUGCUGGUACUGGGCAUUGGUAUAUUGGACAUACCAACUCGGUCGAGCAUUCACCGCCGUUACUCUCCAAGAAGGCACCGUCGAUGUUGCCCGCCAUCACGCAUUGCAGCUGGUUCGAUUGGAGAAGAAGCUAGGGAUAUUCUGGGAACUCGAAAUCCAGCAAUAUUUCCUUCGUCAUCCCAUGGCCAUGACCUGGAUCAAUUGGAUAUACUCAUUCAUUCACAUUCCCGGCACCAUUGCCUUCCUGGUUUGGCUCUAUUACUACACCAUCACUCGGAACCGCGUCCAUGAGCCCCAGUCCGGCAAGCCUCGAGGUACAGUCAGUGGAUCACCCGCUGGUCCACUUCUCUACCAAGCCCGACGACGAACACUAGCGGUGUGUAACUUGUUGGCGUUUGUAAUCUUUACCCUAUGGCCAUGUAUGCCACCGCGUUUGCUCAGUGACCCGGCUGCGGAAGGCAGCGACGCAGAUAUGGGUCGCAGCUUGGGCUUCAUCGAUACCGUUCAUGGUGUUAAUGGAGCGGGAAGUGUAUGGACCGAGAACCGCUUUUGCAACCAAUAUGCGGCCAUGCCAUCCUUGCACUUUGGAUAUUCCCUAAUGAUUGGACUUACUAUUAUGACCAUUCCUCUUCCCUCGCAUCAUCAACGAACCCUUCCCCUUCGUUUCUCCCGCGGCACUGGGCUCCAGUUUCCCUCCUGGCGCCGUCUGGUCUGCCUUGUACUUGGCUUCCUAUAUCCAUUCAUCAUUCUAGUGGCCAUCGUAGCCACUGCCAAUCAUUUCAUUCUGGAUGCUGUGGCAGGUGCUCUGGUCUGCACUCUAGGAUGGCGAUUCAACGGAGGGUUGUUGAACCUACUGCCUAUGGAGGACUAUUUCCUCUGGCUUGUACGCAUCCAUAAGCCCGAGCCUUCAGAGUCAACUAUGGUUGAUUAUUCGAGUGAUUCGUCAAGUGAGAUUGAAUCAAGACAUGCAGUGUCUGCGUGA